GGCUGAGGUUGCUACCAUGCCUAGUAGAUCUUCAAUUAAACUAAGAUGGGGAAGCUGAAAAGACUCAUUCAACCUAGGGACAUUACCAUAAACAUUGGAAAGGAUGCCCCAAUUCCCGAAUGCCCUAUCCCUGGUGAAAGAAAUAAGGCAUGACAACACAGUUACAUGGCUUGCUUUUUGGAAUGAUCCAAUCAACCCAAAGGAAUUCAAAUACGUGUUCUUGGUAGCUAACAGUUCUUUGAAAGGGCAAAGUGACAAGGAGAAAUAUGAGAAAUUAAGGAUGUUGAAGGACUACAUACAAGGCAUCAGAGCAACAUAUACUAAGGAUUUUGCUAGUAAGGAUAUCACAAGGCGGCAAAUAGCAGUUGCCACCUAUCUUAUUGAUAAACUAGCUCUCAGGGCAGGCAAUGAGAAGGUAUGGUGUAUGUAAUUGUUUUCAUCAUGUUUAUGUUUAUCUUUUACUCUCUUGUUCAUGGAACAUCCUCUUUCUUUUUCAUCCCAAUGUAGAAACAUAGUUGAGAAUCUGACAACAGGUAAUUGGUUAAGACUCUGUUGGAUGGGGUGGACAACCUUCUCUGUGGAGGAAACAUAGUGAUGCAGAUCAUCUUACAGAUGCUAAUAGUGUUUUAUUUACUUUAUAUA